AUAGGCUCCACCAGCAGCUGUCUGUGAGACGACGCAGCGGAGCUCGCAGAGGAGGGGAAUGGGUCCGAGUCCGACAGCGGUGAGUUCAGCAGCUGAAACCUCCAGCCGCUGCCGCUCCUCUGCGCGGAUCCACAGAAGAAGAAGAAGAAGAGUGACUCCAGGCUUGAGCGGAUUUAUUUAACCUCCAUUUGUUGGGAAGAGGAGGUAAAAAACUGGAGGCGAGGAUGUCUUUGCAAAAGCUACCGGGUUCUUUUGGAGUCAUGUUCCCAGCGUUCUCCCUGCCCAUGAAAGCGGAGCGCAGUCGGAAUAAGGAGCGGCUGGAGGCCAGCCUGGCCGGCUUGUGUGAGCUGGAGUUGCUCAAACAGAGGCAGGAAUGCCGGGUGUUGAGCGCUCUUUGCCUCGGGGACUCUCCGGCUCCGGGGCGUCCGCCUUGGGGAGCUCUGCGGUCUGCACGCUGCGCCCUGGACGCACCAAACGGCGACGCGUCGGAGGACUACAGCUUCGGGCUCCAAACUAGCAGUCUCCAGUGUACGCCCUGGGGUAUAAAGGCGUCUUUAGAACAGCAGGUGGCAGAGCUGAAGGUGAACACUGAGGUCCAAUCAGCAGAUUCCCCUGCUGAUCUAGAGGACAGCCACCUCACUGCAGGAGAGGUUCUUGCAGCCAAGAAAAAUGGAUCUACUGAAUCAAAUUACCACCCUUUGGUCCCUCGUUCCUUCUCAGCACCUGAAGGGACAGGGGAGACAGAGACAGGAGAAACAUGGCUGUCAGACCCAGCGAGAUGCACCACGGCUACCGAUGCUUUGGGGGAGAUGAAAGAUGUCGACCCCAGUCAGGAAGAUCAUAAACAAGCCCAAAAAGUUGAGACCUAUAUAGUUGGAUUGAUCCAACGCCGAGCUCUACCCACGCGCCCCUCAAAGCCUCGCACCAGCCUGUCACAUGAUGCCCGAGCUGUUAGUGUGGUGAGGCAGAGUAGUUUAUGCCGCAAGGAAGAGCAUCAAUUACCAAAACAGGUUUCCAUUCAAGAGAUCUCUACUCCAUCCCAAUGUUCGGAGGGAACUGCUCCACAGGCUUGCCAUAACCUUGAUCAGGAGCCCUACCUUGGCUCAGGGUUUACUGAGGAAAUUCCACCCCCAUACGUCCACAAUCUCCAGCAAAGUAUCCAGCAUCAACAAGGGCUUUAUCACAGGCCCAGGCAAGCUGCCAUGAUUAACAACUCCCGUUCAACAUUGCUGGACUAUCCACCUUGCCGAGUUCUGCAAGUUCAACCAGAUUCCAGCAAUAGCGAGCCUGAUUCACCCCAACAUUUCCACAACUAUCCUUCUCCUCCAGCUUCAUCAAAGCCUCACCAACCAUUUUCGCCUGAUGAGCAGCUGGUAAAUGCAGAGUAUAUUCCAGCUCAGCCUUGCCGAGCCUCCACUAGAGCUUAUGCCCAUCCGCACUCCAACCCCAACAAGGGUUCUGGAGCACCCAAACCCAACCGAAGCACAUAUUCUCCAGAAAGAGGCCACCAUCAUCAUCAUCAUCAUCAUCAUCAAGAGCAGCAGCCCACAGCUUCUCAGAUCCAAUCCUCCAAAUCCAGAGGGGGUCCAAAGAAGUGUCGCUCCAGUGAAGACCGAAAUGGUGCCAGCAGGAAGCCAGGGAAGAAGGCAUGUAGGUCUCAGUCAGAAAACAGCCUGCAAAGGGCUCCAGAACGCAAGUACAAUACAGUAGAGAGGGAUGGUGGAGGAAGUGGAAGCGGUGGAAGGGGCAGUCGCAGUAGUCAAUCCAAGAGCAAGAAACAGCAGCAAGGAAGUGGUAGCUGCCGGCGCUGGCAGUCCACCCAGGAGCUCAGCCAAGACGAGGCUGACCAGCCACCCAUGCAGGCACCAAUGCAAGGAUCUUCAGCUUCAAACCAAAGGGACCACUGUUCAAGACGCACACGCAAACCUCGCCCUACGCAUGUAUCAUAUGCCUACCCACACCAUCACCACUCCCACCAUCACCAGCACAUGGAGUACCAGUUAGAGAGGGACCAAGUGCCACUCUGUCAGCCAGGUGAGGACUACCCUCACCCACGUCAGGGUGAGUCUGAGUCAAGCAUGAGUGAGGCUGACUCACCAGAUUCCAGCUCUUUGUCCAGUGAUUCAGAUGAGAGUGGUGGUCUGGUUUGGCCCCAGCAGCUACCCCCUCAACUUGCCCUCCCGUCACCUCCUGCCCCACCUGGGGCACCUCUGCAACCCAAGGCUUUUGUCAAGAUUAAGGCCUCGCAUGCCCUUAAGAAGAAGAUCCUGCGCUUCCGCACUGGUUCACUGAAAGUGAUGACGACCGUAUAAAGUGGAAUACUGGCCCAACGAAAACAACACGAGCUGCAGAGCUUUGGACUUUGUCGAACGAUGGACCACAAACAACAGUGGAUUUAAAAAUCCAUUUGUACAUAAAAGUUCUAUUAAUUUGGCUGACUGAAUUGAUCGUAUUGUUUUAGGUCAGCCUUAAUGAGCAAUGAAGGAAAUGGCCAUCACCAUACAAGCCUUUUUGUUUCAAAAAUGAGAUGUAAAACUGUACAUUAAGUGUUACAUUGUACUAAAAGUCCUUAUAUGGAUGACUAUUGUUUUGUCAAAGGGUACCAUUUUUGGCCACAUUGGCCCCUAAAUAUCCCCAACCGUCAACAUGUCCACACCCACUGAUAGAGUAUAUCAUAGUCCCUGCUGGCAUUGUCUUUUAGGUCACAGUAAACUGUAUUUGGUGAUUUUAAGUUCUGGCCAGGCACAGAUUAAUCCCUAAUAUAUUCAAUUUUAAGGGACAUUGGGCCUCUUGUGAGUUUAUUUUUGUAUUCUCAUCCUAAACUCUCCUUGCUUUUUUUGAGAGGCUUGUUGGCACGAGUGUUCCCAAGUCUUAUUCACCAAACUGUCUUAACUAUAUACAUAUUUUGCUUCAAACUGAAAAAUCCAUGACUGGCUGAACAUUUGUGAGAUUUUAUCAAUAGUAUAACCAACACUUUUCUAUGUGCAGAUACCUGUCCUUGAAAAAACAAGUGUCCCAAACUGGUUUCUUAUGCAAAUCCUUCAACAAUUACACACAAGCACAUUAGAAACUCAUUGUUGAAAGCUUACAAUGCUAUGAUAGGCCACAGUUUCCUCAUAUUGGACUGUAAAAACCUCCUUUGUUGCUGAAAUGAUGCAUAUCUUGUUAUUGAAUUGUUCAGUCAUAAUGUAAUAAAAUAGGAGGAUAACUCAAGACAACCAAAAGUUAAUGCUUCCUGCAUGUUUUUCUUCACAAACACAGCUUUUAAAUAUUGUGGCUGGAAGUAAAUUUAUAUGUCAGACAUGGAGAAAUGUGACCACAGUACAUAAAAGAGUCGUUGUGAAGGAGAGGAUUGUUACAGUACAAAGUGCAUUUUGUCUGGUAUUUGUGGUUGAGAUAGUAAAUCUCACUGUAGAAAGAACCAACUUUCGGCCGAAAAGAAGACUGUGAAUCUUUCACUGUAGCAGCAGUCAUAAACCAGCUAGAUACCGCAGUAGCAAGAUUUAAAUUGUCUUUUAAAAGUUUUGAAGAGAUCAAAUGUCUCACUCGCAGAGUCGAGUAUUCUCAAAAGACAUGAUUUAAAAUGUUGAGUAGCAAAUUACAGUUUCUACUGUUUUAAUGGUAAUAGUAGGCUACUUGCAAACUAAUAAAAUAGUGCCUGCCCAAAGAAUGUAAUGUUACAAUGUCACUUUGAGCAUUUGACAGUAUUAUCAUGUAAAGUGCACUAGCCAACUAUUAGCUUCUUUUUGUAUGAAAUGUGUUUGACAAAAUG